UUUUUAUUAAAUUGCAUAUUUAUUUGACUAUAUACAUGUAUAACAGAAAUACUUUACAAACGAAAAUAAUUAUUAAGCUGCAAAUAUGAAACAAUCAGUUAAAAAACAUUCUUUUUGGGUUUUAAUGAUUGAAUUGAUAUCAAUUGUACUGUUCUGUAUAGUGAAGGGACUAGUAAAUAAUGGCUUUCAAUGCAGAACCAGUUGGAUUGGUUAUAGAAAUUAUUGUUACCUCUUUCAAAAACCAGACUCAGGGGGUAAAAACUAUUUUGAAGCCCAAUCACUUUGUCAGAGUUAUGGAGGAAAUUUGUUAAGUAUAGAAAAUCAAGCUGAAAAUGACUUUAUCAUUGAUCAGUUUAAAUCUUACUUAAAUACAAACAAUGGUCGAUGGAUCGGUCUCAAUGAUAUUCAGACAGAAAGUAAAUUUAAAUGGAUUGAUAAUACAACUGUAGAGUUUUAUAAUUGGAAAUCAAAGGAACCAAAUAAUUACAAUGGGGAAAAUUGUGUGGAGAUAUAUAGUGAAGGUUGGAAUGACCUAUCUUGUUAUUCUAUUCUUGAUGGUUUUUUUUGUAAAACGAGAGGUGUAGAUAUCGAUGAAUGUGCAGACUUUAGUAAAUAUUGCAACUGGAAAAACAGUGCUUGCACAAAUAUCAUUGGAAGCUAUAUUUGUUCAUGCAAAUCUGGAUGGAUAUUAGGUCAACAAAACGACAGUUGUGUUGAUAUUGACGAGUGUUCAGAAAAAACAAUUUACUGCAAUUGGACAAAUAGUGAUUGUAAAAACUACGAUGGAAGCUACAUUUGUACUUGCAAAUCUGGUUGGGUCUUUGAUGAAAAUAAUAAAAGCUGUAUUGAUAUUAAUGAGUGUUUAGAAAAAUCAGUUUAUUGUAAUUGGACAAACAGUGAUUGCAAAAACUACGAUGGAAGCUACAUUUGUACUUGCAAAUUUGGAUGGGUGCUGGAUGAAAAUAAUAAAAGCUGUAUUGAUAUUAAUGAGUGUUUAGAAAAAUCAAUUUACUGUAAUUGGACAAACAGUGAUUGUGAAAACAACGAUGGAAGCUACAUUUGUACUUGCAAAUCUGGAUGGUUGUUAGAUGAAAAUAAUAAAAGCUGUAUUGAUGUUAAUGAGUGCGCGGACUCAAAUAUAUACUGUAAUUGGACAAACAGUUAUUGCACAAAUAAAAAUGGAAGCUACAACUGUUCAUGCAAGCAUGGAUGGGUUUUGAGUGAAAAUAAUAAUAGCUGCAAUGAUAUUGAUGAGUGUUUAGAAAAAACAUUUUACUGUAAUUGGACAAACAGUGAUUGUAAAAACUACGAUGGAAGCUACAUUUGUACUUGCAAAUCUGGAUGGUUGUUGGAUGAAAAUAAUAAAAGCUGUAUUGAUAUUGAUGAGUGUUUAGAAAAAACAACUUACUGUAAUUGGACAAACAGUCACUGUAAAAACUACGAUGGAAGCUACAUGUGUACUUGCAAAUCUGGAUGGGUGUUGGAUAUAAAUAAUAAAAGCUGUAUUGAUAUCGAUGAAUGUAGCGGCUCAAGUAAUACUUGCAGCUCAACAAACAACGUUUGCAUAAACAAUAUUGGAAGCUUUAAUU